ACUCGAUCGCCAUUCCAUCCAUCGUCAUCGGUGUUUACUGAAGCGGUCGGUGGUGGUUGAUGCUCGCGUCGGAGAAACCCAGCUUGCCGGCCACCGCAUCGCCGACAUCCGCUUCGGGACAGGCCCAUCCACCUUGGCUUCUCCAUCUUCAUCUCGGGGCUUCCUCGCGCCUCCACGCAAUCAUAUAGAACACCUCUCGACACCCCCGGGUCUCGAGUCUACGACGCUUCCUUGGCUGGUUGUUUAACCCUCGAAUCUACCGCCUCCACUGUCGAGCUGAGCUCCGGUCAUCAUCCAUCUACUUCACCGCUCCGACCGAUCCAGUUCCUCUCUUUCAACGACACACAGCUUAACCGCCACCAUGCGAAUACCCUCUAGCCUCUCGACCCUCCUCUUCUCCUCCGCCCUUCUCCCCAGCCUCGCCUCCGCCUCCGGAUUCGACUGCAAACACAUCAACGUCGACUCCUUCAAAUAUGACCUCAGCUCCCUCGGCGGCGUGCACACUCUCUACCACGUCGACGAGACAGAAGAAUACACCGUCAACACGACCUACGUGCUCAACAUCUGCAACAUUCUCAAGGGCGCCGCUCACCGCGGACAUCUGAAAUGCCCGACGUCCAAGAACAUCUGCGGCUUCCAAUACAAAACCGCCCUCGACAGCCACAAAGAAGAGAGCAUGGUAUUUCCCAUCGUCGGCCUAGACCAUCUAGGCCACGGCUCCAAGGACCCCGAAAUCACUCGGUUGAAGAAACUCGAUUCCGCACAGGAGGGUCUCCUCGUCAAACUCUCCGGCGGCGAGUACUAUGACGAAGAGCAACAGAAGAAGAAGGACGCGGGCGCCGUCAUCGAGUUCCAGUGCGAUCCCGACCGGUCGGGAUUGGAGGGUCUGCAAACCACCGAGGACACGGAAGCGGAGGAACGCCGCCGUCGUCGCGCGGACGAGAACAACGAUAACAACAACGAAGGCAAUGGCACGAUUCCGCUGGGCGACCGCAGUCUUCAAUUCACGAGUUUCGGGCCCGCGGACGACGAUUCCUAUGUGCUCAAGCUGAAUUGGAGAACGCGGUACGCGUGCGAUAAUUAUAAGGAUGAGCCGGAUCAGCAGACGGGUGAUGGGUCGAGUCAUUGGGGAUUCUUCACAUGGUUGAUUAUUAUCCUCUUCCCCUGCAUCGCCGCCUACCUCAUCUUCGGCUCCUGGCUCAACUACAACCGCUACGGCGCCCGGGGAUGGGAUCUUCUCCCGCACGGCGACACCAUCCGCGACAUUCCCUACCUCUUCCAGGACUGGUUGCGUCGAGUAGUAAACACACUCCAAGGAACGGGGACAAGAGGGGGAUAUAGUGCCGUUUAGGAUUAUUCUAGAAGGCUUUUUUUUUUCCUUCGCUGUGGUUUUACGGUCGAUUUGGGUUGGGUUAAGUCGUGGCUAUCAAUGAGUGUUGAUGAUUCUUCGCUUGAGAAGACUAGUAUGUAUACCGUUCUAUCAAUAAGAUUGAGUUGUU